CGGUGCUGAUCCCAAAAGUGGGAAUGGCUGAGUGAUGUUGUGUCCGGGAAUUUUUUAAGUAAAUAUUCAGCUUGUGGUUAUGCUCUUGCGGUCAAGCCGAAGCACCGUGGUUUUAUGGAUACAUCUGACGGCAGAGAAAACUGAAGAGGAAUAAUGUCCACGAAGAACGCUAUCACGAAGGAACUGAGCGACAGCAUUCGACAUGUGCUGGACCGCAGUGCCAAGGUGUCCUUCAAGUGCAUGGUGCGCUUGGAGAUCAAACAGGACAAAACGGAGAACCGAGUGCUGGCAUUUUCUUCGUGUAGGUUUUUUAUCCUCACUGCCAAAGUGCCAACCAAGAUUGAGCACUCUUUUCACUAUUUAGAAAUUCAAACUGUAGAGAGCAAAAAGACAAACCAGCUCUGCCUAACCAUAGACAACAAAGUGUACACAUUCUAUUCAGUUGAUCCUGAGUCCAGUGAUGUUGACCAUAUGAUCAUCCAGCUAGGAACUGCUGUAAAAAGCAUUUUUCCACAAGUGCCUUUGGAGUUGAUAAUCAGACGAGUGGAAGCAGUACCAGCCGUGAGGCUUCAGCCAAUGCUCGAAUUCAACCAGUCGGCCGAAGCCUCAGACCCAGGUCCAUGUGGAAACUUCUCAGCUCAGUACAUCUGCAUGUGUGACUUCCAUGGGCUCCCUUUCAGAGAAGAUGUGGCAUGGGAUGUUGACACUAUAUACUUGUCUCAUGACACAAAAGAGCUGUCAUUGUUAGACUUUGAUCAUUUAGAGGGCCGAGACCUGGUGCCAAUCAUAUCUGCACUUUGUUACAAUGCCUGGUUCACAAAGUUCAGAGCAAGCAAUGUAAAACUUGCUUCAGAAGCACUCGAACAAGUACUCCAGGUGAUGAAACGUUCUGUGUCACUGGAGGAGUUGUACCUGGAUAACACAGGCAUUAAAUGGGAAUUUGCACACAAACUUUCCAUGACCCUGAUUGCCAACCCUAACUCGCCAUUGAACUCGUUGGAUCUUUCCAACAACUUGAUAGAAGACAAGGGGCUGAAUAGUCUGUGUGGGAUCAUUGCCAAAAUUACUCAAGGAGUAGGCCAGCUUUGUGGGCCACUUGGAAAGCUGCAUAAGGGACUGAGCUACCUGAACCUUGCCCACACAGGAAUCACUGCCAAGGGUGUUAACACACUUGCUCAUGCACUUUCUUUGAACCGUUCUAUGCCCUCCAACCUCACAUACCUCAAUCUCAGUGACAAUGUCUUCAAGGAUGACAUAAAUAACCUGUACAACUAUUUGGCUCAACCAAAUUCUCUCGUUCACCUGGAUUUGUCUGGCACUGAAUGUGCUCUGGAAACUGUAUUUGGUGCACUUUUGCGUGGCUGCACUCAGAAGCUUGAGGUACUGAACCUAUCUCGAAAUAUGUACAGUUCAAAGAAGAGCAAAGAGGUGCUUGUGCCACCUUCAUUCAAGACGUUCUUUUCAAGCACUGUCGCUCUACGUCACCUCAACAUGGCAAAUGUCCGUAUGCCUAUGGAGGCACUCAAGGCCAUGCUGCUUGGUUUGGCUUGUAAUGAGAUCCUCACUGAGGUUUGGCUUGACCUGAGUUGCAACGACCUCAAGACUCAAGGUGCGCUGGUACUCGAGUCCUGUCUGCCAGGGAUCCGCUGCCUGUACAGCCUGGACAUCAGUGAAAACAAUUUUGACCAAGAUUUGGCCAACAUUGUGGCAGCUGUUGGAAAAAAUCAAUCCAUCAAACGGCUUUCAAUAGGAAGGAACUUCACAAACAUGAAAACAAAGCACAUAACUCGUGUAAUGGAAGCAGUUGUGCAGCUAAUUCAAGAAAAGGACUCCUCUCUUGAAUAUCUUUCAUUGGCAGAUUCAAAGCUUCGUGGGGAAUUGUGUCUUGUUAUUAAUGCACUUGGUAGCAACCAGUGCCUCACUUCAAUUGAUAUCACUGGUAACUACAUGGGCCUGAAUGGUGCAAAGACCCUUGCCAAGGCCCUGCAAAUAAAUUCGAAGCUGAAAAGCAUUCUGUGGGAUCGUAAUUCUACACCCGCUCAAGGUUUUCAAGAUAUUGCAUACGCACUUGAGAAGAACUUCACCCUUAGGUACAUGCCCUGUCCAGUUGUUGACAUCACUUUGGCGAUGAAAAUUGCACCUGAACGCACAGAGACUGCUUGGAAGAAGAUAUCUGAACUUCUGCAUCGCAAUGUGUCGCCUAAAAAGCACAGCAAUAGCCAGGCGUUCAGAUUGCAACAAGGCUUCCUCUUGAGCUCAACACAACAGAUGGUGGAUCGCUGGAUGCUUCAUCUCCAAGAUGUAAUCAGAACGGCGCAGGCUUCAUCUUCAGAAGAUGUCACUUGUGAUGAGGAAGUGCUCAAGGCUGAAGGAUAUUUAAAGGAUGCUAGCAGUGCCAAACAGCUGCUGACUCGGCUACAUGAUGUCGUCCUUCAACAGGAGGAAGCAGGCAACCCAAUUGAAAUAAAGUUGCAGGGCUGUGUAGACGAGAUGGAGAAGACACUGAAUGCUUAUCUUAAGGGGACUGCUUCGAACAUGUUGAAGUGCAUUGAAGACCAGUGUCCUACAAUCAUGUCUGAUGAGAAAGUUCGAAGAGAGAUUGAAGACAUCUGUCGAAGUCGGCAGCACUUCCCACAAGAGGUUCUUCAGCGAGCUAUUCUGGACCAGGCUGGCACGGACGUUCUCAACCGCAUCAGUGAAAUUAACCUGACAAUAGCAGCUCAUGUUUCUGACCGCAUCCUAGAUGAAGUGAUUGAGAGCCUGCCACGGAGUCACCGCGACUUGGUGGAAAAACUCAAUCGUCAGCGUAGCUCAACACCAGAUGUCCUGCGGAGUGGCUUGCGGCCAGACAGUCACAGUGGGGACGCCCACUGUGAUCAGGAUAGUGUCAGUGAAAGCUCUGACUCACCCCUGCAGUUGGCUUGGUUGAACCUAGCAACACCCAAGCUACCAAUGAAACGGAAAAGCAUUAAUUGCAGGAAACUGAGGCCACAGUCAGUUGUAGAUAGCGUCGAAGGAAUUGCAGCAGAUGACAUCCCUGACCUCUUGCCAAAAGGCUCAGAAACAGACAGCCUGCCAAACUUGUCUCCAACAUCCGAAAAGCUGGAGCACCUGGGAAAGGCACGACCCAAGCGGCCAAAGACACAUGCACCCACGCGCCCGUGCCUGCAAGCUCCUGAGAGCCGGGAGCCACCUCUUGCGGAGGGGCUGGACUGCUUUUUCAAGCGGCAUCCCUCUACCUCAACGCCCACGCUUUCUCCUGAUUCAGAAGAUGCAGGGCUGAAGAGUGACAGCAGCACAUCUGCAAGCAGUUCCAUUCUGAUUACUGAAUCAAAGCCACUGGAAAAGUCUCCUUCAGACAACAAAGACACUGAAAAGCGCAGCUUCAUGAAAGGCAUCAGCAGCUUGUUCAGCCGAGCUUCAUCAUCUUCAUCGGAGUCGGUGGUUGUGCAGAAAUCAAAACAAGAAUCAAAAGACACUGGCUGCAACGUCAUGUCUACUUCCAUGUCGGCUUACUCAUCAGUCAAAUCAAGGCAUGACAUAGAUGUCCACGAUAAAGAAAAUGGAGAAAUGGUCACUGAAGUCAGAAUGUCUGAAACCACAAAGAUUUCUGGCAUGGAAAAAUUUGGUGUGGGGCCUGGAUCAGUGAUAUUGGCUGAAAUGAAGGCAUUGCAAGGAAAACGUACAUCUGGGGGAGCUCCAACGAAAGGAAGUAUCUCCGAGGACAAAGGUCCAUGUCCUGUUGAGUCUCCCAAGGACACAGGGCCUUUUCCAUCAGUUCGGCUUAAGCCAACAGGGCUUGCCGAGUCGUUGCGGUCACCCACUGAAUAUUAUCCUCGAGAGAAGAGCUGCAUCAGCCCUUCAGAGAAUGUGCCCUCUUCACCUCAGCUAAGUACCCCGGGCAGUUCACCGAAGACAGUCGCAGCUCUGAAGAGUGGUCGACCACCACCACCUGUCGCACCAAAGCCACGACCAAAGUCAAUGGUUGGCACAAUGGAAUCACGGUUGUCAGGAGAAUUUUCCAGUGAUGAAGGUCUGAGGACAAGAGCUAGGACACCAGAUGAAGCAGACUCUUUGGACAACAGCAAUAAAUCUUCUGAAGGGGCGCCAUGGAAACGAGUGGGGAUAUACAGCAAAGAUUCGUCAGACGGGUCCUUGGUGUCAUCAACCACCUCCACUGCUGCCAGCAGGGCUGCAUUUUUUGCAGGCUCCUCAUUGCGAUCAUCAGGCAUGGCCACUUCAUCCCUGGCCAAGGAGAAGGCAGAAGGAGAGUCGGAGGGUGCACCUUCGGCUCCACCAGCGGACGACAUUGUCGACGUCUGAUUGGAUGCUGGUCAAGUCAUGUCUGUUUCCCUUUUGUGUUUGGGUGUGUCUGUGUCACUAAUGUGUGUCUCCUGUCUAAUGAGCUUGAUGUGUCUCACCAAGUUGAGAGUGCAUGUACAGUACUUGGGUGGUUUGUUUCAUGGAGCUGGCGAGUUACUUCAUGUAUUCUUUUUACCAUGCUGUUGCAAUAACUAUUAAAUCAGACAUUCUUUACCUGUGGAACAGUGUGACAAAAGUUUUAUUGUUUUAUACAUUGAAUGUAGAGGCACUCUUCUUAGUGUAGUCAUAUUUUUGCCAGUGUUAAAGAAAAUGUUCGGGAAUUUGAGCUGCAACUUUUAUGAAAUUACUUAAGCCUGUCUUUGCAUAAAAGUAGCUUGUGAAAAGUUGUACAUAUGACCGGAACCCCCCUUACGCAGCAUUCGGUAGUGUUGUGUAGAAAUCUGCUCAUGUAGAAGAACCAAUAGGGAAAAUGUGUUUGCUUUCGUGUGUGUGUGUGUGUGUGUGUGUGUGUGUGUGUGUGUGUGUGUGUGUGUGUGUGUGUGUGUGUGUGUGUGUGUGUGUGUGUGUGUGUGUGUGUGUGUGUGUGUGUGUGUGUGUGUGUGUGUGUGCUGUGCGUGGUGCGUGCGUGCGUGCGUGCGUGUGAGUUAUGGGUCCUGGGGCCAGUGCCUCUGCUCAAUAUGACACAAAGUCAUGAUUGUAGAAUACCAGUGAUUUUAUUCCUCCUCUCUUGUAGGUGGUUGCGAGCUUGUGUCAAAGGUUUGUAGCCGUGGUCAAGGGGGCUGAGUGCUUUUAUAGAGGUGUUUAGGGGCUCUAUUCUUGCCAUUCAGAAAGCAUCUCUGUUACACCAGUUGCCUAGCAUUUGAACAUUGCUGUUAAGCUUAGCAGCUUUGAGCAUUGUGGAAGUAAAAUGGGUACCAUUCCAUAACACUAGCUUUUUAGCAUGCGUGUUGUGUGUUAAACUGCACUGUAUUACAGGGGUUUAUGUUUUUACUGAGCUGCUGGAAUUGUGUGGCACAUAACUGAUAGCCUGCCCAAAUUUUGAGGCAGGCAUGAAGCUAACUUGUUUGUGUUUAACACAACAAGCAUAUUACUAUUAUUAUUAUUAUUAUUGCAAGUAACAUUUGGUUCUCGUUUGGUUUAGUUUGAUAUAGUUAUAGGGCUGUUCGUAAUAAGUUUUCUGUUGUUUUCUGACAUGUCCAAGCAGCCUAAGGGAUAAGCAAAGGAGUGUACAGUCAGACCUCAAUUUAAAACAAAUUUCUAUCUUGUGAACUUUUUUUUCGUUCCCCUACUCUUUGGAAAACCAUGCAUCAUUUGUCACAAUUUAACAAAGUAAUUUUUGCAUUGCAUUUUUUUAUUAAGCCUUUGCAUAUAACAUGCAUAUUUUGGCAACCUCCGGAGGGACCCACUUGGAAGUGGCAGGUGCACUGCUGUGCCACUUGCCAGUCUGGCAGCUUGUCAACACUGACAUUGAAUGUGUUCCAUUAAUGCUCAUGGGCACACACUGGAACACAUGAGCAGCAAGGGCAUGAGCCUCUACUUUCCUGAGUACUUAUUUACUGAGGUAGUUUUUUAACCGUAAUCACAAAAUGUGACCAGAGCUAAGUGAUAACAUAGUAAAUGGAACAUGGGAACAUCUUGCUUCUGUUUCAUAUGGGGCUGUGCUGUUAUCACGCCUUUUUUAAUCUCUACUGUAGCGAUAAAUAAAAUUUUAAACUUGAUGAUUGCCUCUCACAUUCUAACAGCUUGCCCCCUCGGGGUAUACCAGGCAGUAAGUGCAGUACCAGGCUGUACUAGCUUAAGGUGAUUUUAUCAUGCUUUCUGUUCAUUGAGUGUCAUCGCAUUCAAGGCUUCCUCAUGGCACCUGCUCGCACACCAAUUACAAUGCAAACAGUAAAAUAAUAGCCCACACAAAAAUUCAUCAAGUUCAAUGUUGGGACAGUGAAAUGUGGAUAUGGUGUUCGACGUGCGGAAGCUACAUUAUAGAGAAUGUCCUUUGUGCAGGAACUACAGAAGGGUGGCCCUUAGCUUUACAAGUAAUCAAAUACCAUUUCCAUCUACAAAACAAAUAACUAGUUCUGAUUUAAUGGGCACAAAGUAAGUCGGUUUCAUACCUACAGCACUUUGUUUCCAUCAAGAUGCCGUUUUUGAGACGCUACAGUGUUAAUGGUCAUUUCAUGCUCUGAUUAGCAUGCAUCAUGCUAACAUGCUCUGCAUGGUGGCAUGCUUUUUUGCUUAGUUUAAUGUAAUGGGCUCGAUAAGGUUCAAAAUAUCUUGCUGCAUCAUAAGCACCAUGAAUGAAUAACAAUCAAAAUGAAGAGGUAUUAUUUUUUUUGUGCCUUACUUCUUCACAUGGCUAAACAUCUAUAGUUUGAACACCUAAAUUGUAUGAUAAUCACCCUAGUUGUCAUGUAAAUUCUUUUAAGAUGUUAUUUCUCUGCAUGCUAGCCAACAGGUGUGUUGCAGCAACAUAAGUACUAAAUUGCACUGCUACAACAUCUAAACUUCAGUUUAAUUAAAUUUUUUAUUUGAUAAAGUUUUUGGUUACAAGUACAACUUCAUUUAGUCUAAGUCCAAAUGUAUAAAGGAGAAGCCAUGUUUGCUAUACCCUAGUUGGCCGUAUAAGGAAGUGUUUCAGAGAUUGAAAUUUCUCCCACCAGGUAACCUCAGAUGAGAAGAGAGUAAUGGAUAGGGUCUUGUCUACCAAAUACCACUCCACACACUGUAGGAACAAAUGUCAGCUUGUUCACACCUGCAAAUGUGGUGAAAAUAUCAGAUUGGCUGGGUGGAGUUUGGUGGGUAUUUGCAAGCUUGCAUCUUUUUGUCAAGGUUCAUUGCCGGCUCACUUUUUUUCAUCUGCAUGUUUAGAGCUCAGUUUGUGUGUUUAUGUGAGUGACUGUAAAUACGCUUUUGCUGCAUGAAGACCCUCUUGAAUUUAGCUGUGAGUUUCUUGACAGUCCUUCGCCGUGUGUGAAAAAGUGCAAUAGGGCAUUUAAUAAAAACACUCAAUACAUCAACUUGCCUUUCCUUUCUCUUCUACUAGUUUUAGCCUCAAUUCCUGAGUCGUAGUUUAUUUGAAUGAGUACUUUAAGUGUUAUUUCAAAUAUUAUUUAAGUCUAGGUUGCGUAGUUCUGUGUACAUAUACAGCUGACCUGCCAGUGUCACAACUGCACCAAAUACAUUCCUGUAGUAUGCCCUAACGGGGAACACCUAGGACUCUAUAUAGGCAGCGUAGAUGGUGGAGCGUGGCAAUCCUGUCCACAUAUGCUUGCAUCCAGCAUUGUGACUGUGUGUACAACUGCAUGUAUGUGUGUGUGUCUGUGUGUGUGUGUGUGUGUGUGCAUGUGCGUGCACGCACCAUGCUUAUACACCAUAGGAACUUUAUUUUCUGGCACAUUUCUUUUGUUUCUCUCGUUUCCUGUGCUUUUACUUUGCAGUCGUUACUCACUGUGUACCUUGAUCACAUUUUUUGUCUGCUAUAUGACAACAAUAUUGAAUGCCUGUUGUACGCUUGUAGCGUCUUUUGCGCAAGUAGUCAACAGCCUUUUGUGUGUGUGUGUGUGUGUGUGUGUGUGUGUGUGUGUGUGUGUGUGUGUGUGUGUGUGUGUGUGUGUGUGUGUGUGUGUGUGUGUGUGUGUGUGUGUGUGUGUGUGUGUGUGUGUGUGUGUGUGUGUGUGUGAAUUUUCUUUGAGGCAUUACCAAGUGGUGUGUGCUUUCCAUCUAUGCUCUUGUACAUUCUUUAUUUGUCAAAGCCUUGCCACUGCUUAAUUCUGUCUACUUAAAGCUUAUAUCAUGCAUAGGCUAAUUGCUAGUAAGCAUACUUCAUUUUUAUGUAGUCAGUUCUUCUGAAUAACUUAAAUGAAUUACAUCGUUAUGUUUUUGACCUUGCUCAGCUUUCAUGAUAAAGGGCACAGUUUUGCAUAGCUGGUGCAUUUGGCUUUGGUUCUUUUUCCCGUAAACAUUUGUUUUUCUGUGCCUCAAAUGUUGGGUGACAAUUUUAUCAACACAGGAGAGGUUCAUUGAAGGCUUAUACUUAACUUCAAGCUUAGAAGUUUGACAUUAUUUUUGUUUUGUUUUUUCUUGGCUGCUUGACAUUUCAAUGUAUUGUGAAGUCUUUGUGUAUUAGCUUCUGUGCUGCCAAAACCAGUUCCAUUUUCUGAGCGGAAAGGGAUUGUGCAUAGCUUUGGCUUUGUUGUUGCUUCAGAAAAAAGAAAACGUUAUCGCAGUUUUACUGCUAUUAAUUUGUACUAUUGUUGGGUUGUUUUGACCUGUUGGCCACUUUUGGUUGUGGAUGCUCAUGUGAAGUGUACACUGUACUUGAAUACAAAAGCAGUUAUUUGAACAGGCUGCAGACUCUUCCACGGUAGUCGGCGUCGGUACGAGUCAACUGCUGUCGUGUUAGCCCUCUCCUGUGCAUUACAUUCCCAGUCGUGUUGUGAUAGCUCUUGUGAUUCUCUUGAAGGCAAAGCUGUGUGGAUCAAAGCAAUGCUUCUUUUUUUUUUUUUUUUUUUUUUUUUCAUUGCUGCUUUCAGUUGUGAUUGAAACUUGCUGCUCGAAGUUUUUUUUUUUUUUUUUUUCUGAGCUUAUGGAUGUGGUGAUGGGGCACAAUUUUUUUUUCUUCCCUUUUUAUCAGAAAAAUGGCUUUGUUCCAAGCCAGAGAACUUUCUUAUAUGUAGGUGUAUGUUUCACUAAUUUCAUUUAGGAUCCCAUGAAGCAUUCUGGUGCAUACCAUAAAUGGUCGUUUUUUGUUGUAGUUAUAUGCUGCAGCAACGCAAUUUCUAGGUUGCUAUUUCCCCCCCCCCCUCCCCUGUCUUGUUUUUUGGUGCUUGAUAUUACAAAGCAUGGAGCUUGUAGGUUUAUUUCAAUGUUUUUUUAACUGCAUAAGUGCUAGAGUAUGAACUCCUGAUUAGGUUUCCCUGCAUGUGCUUGAUAGUGUGUACACUCUCAUGACUGCUUAUGAUUUUGAAUUGGAGUAGCUGUUUCACGCCCAUCCAAGGUAGCAGUGGUCUCAUUUAUCCAUGUUUUCAAUACAUCAGCAAAGAAAAAUGUAUGUGAAUCAUGUGAAGUGGUAAACAUGCUUCUUGAAAUGCUCUGGAGUGCUAGUUUUUGCUGAGUUCUUAUUGGUGCUUUUUAUGAAGACAGUUCCAAACUUGGUGGGAGGAAAUGUCUUUCACUGUAUUGCAAAACUUAUGCAAUUUUGUAUGUCUGCCUUUUAUAUUCAUACAGACUCUCUGUAAAAUAUGGACAGAUGAUAGUAUGUUUCCAGAGGACCCUGUACCCAGUAACUCUUUUCUGCUCCUUUUUAUUGUUUGAUGCCCAUGAAACUUUGGUUUGGUGCUUUGGUUGUAUGUUAAGAAACCUUUUCCAGCCCAAGUGUUAUGUAUAAUGAAAUAAAACAGAAAAAAGAAUGUUUA